UUAACAAUAAACCUGGUUAUCACGGAAGAAAUAAUUACGUCGUUGGGCAAACACCAGUACAGAAUUGGAAAGAAAAAAUCAUUCCUACGAAAAAAAGUAAGACAGAUUUUAUCAAUCCGCACAAUCUUUACUACAAAUGUUAUUCAAUAUAUGUUGCAAAGAAAUAAUAUAGGAUAAUUAUUAUCUUCGUGACGUCGUUUCUAGCUAGUUUGUAGUAAUCUUUGCUUGUAUGUUAGGCGUAUUAACGACAGUUAGAACAGUUUUGGCGCAAAAAAUAUUAGUUCUCGAAAUUUUUACUCUGAAUAUCCCUUACUUUUGGUUACCAAAAAAAAAAUCUAUCCUCCCCAAAUAUUUUUUUGAAGAAAAUUACCAACACCCCCUUCUCAAUAAAUAAAAAUAACAGUUCUUUUUUUGGUUACUCUUAAAAAGUUUGAUCAAUAUUAUUUUAAAAAAUACUGCAAAGGAAGGGCGGCGUAGAAUGAGUCAGCGGUGUGCCAGAGCAAAAAUAAAUUAGUAUCAGCACGUACUUCUAUCAAUACCUAACACCAUUAAGGCCAAUUAAUAAUGUUGACGAAAUGUAUACACCGAGCAGAGACACGUGUCUCUGUGUUAAGUUCUAAAAAUAUAGCUUUUUGCAAUAUUAUAGAUCCAACAUCAAGUUUAAAAAUAACGCAAGCCACAACUACUAAAAUCUCACAAGACAGCUCAACAAAAGCAAUAUCUUCUUCAACAUCGAGAAUAAAUACACAACCAACAUCUUUUAUGUUGGACAUAAAAUCAAGUCGACUUAUAGAUCCAACAUCAAGUUUAAAAGUAACACAAGCAACAAAUACUAAAAUCUCACAAGACAGCUCAACAAAAGCAGCAUCUUCUCCAACAACGAGAAUAAAUACACAACCAACAUCAUUUAUGUUGGACAUAAAAUCAAGUCAUGUUAUAGAUCCAACUACUCAAAUCCAACAAUACAGCAGCAGGAAGGCAGCAUCUUUAGCACCAUCGAAAAUGAAAUCAAAAUUCAAACCUACUGCGAUUUCAAAUAUAAAAUCAAGUCAUAUUACACUUAUCAGAACAAUAAGAGGAGUAUCAACGCAAGAAAUUACAUCUAUUGAACAAACAGCUUCCCUCAGUAAGUCUGAAGUAAGGCAAUCAGCAAAAACAAACGAAGGAAUGCAUACUUCAACUACCCAAGUUGACAAAACAACAUCGACAAAACAUAAAACGUUAAACACUGUAAUAAAAUCCACACUGUUACCUUCUGUAAAUACCAUCAUCACUACAUCAAAACAACGAAUAAUGGAGUCUCCAGUUCUGCAAACAUCGUCCUUGCCUUUUGUUUCGAGUGUGCAACCGUCCACAUCAGUGCCGAACACAGUAACUAUAACCAUGAAAACGACAAUUACUAAAACAAUAACCACAACAAUAACAGAAUGUAAAGCUGUACCAGAUUCUGCUGCAAUACGUUUCACUGCACUAGCUGGAAACACAACUGCAACAUCAAUUGCAAACAUAUUUCCAACGUCAGUCGCAAACAUAUCUGCUAGUCGAAAAGUAGAUAUGUUUUCGCUUGUUGUUGCAAAUGAUUAUAUGGACGAAUCACCACAGAGAUUAACAUCAUCCAGCGCCGGAUCCGAAGGUAACUUCUUUUCUUGUAUAAAUGUGUUACUACAGAUCGCCAUUCAAACACAGUUCUUCCUAUCUCCAUACCUAUAUACAUAGUUUUUUUAUAAACAUUUGAUUUUUUGCACUUCUCUCAAAAU